AUGGCUAAGAGUCCUGAUAAUAGGAUCACAAACAAAGAUGCUGAGAAUGGGAAAAAGGAGAGCAAAAGUCGAAGAAGGGUUGAAAUAAAGAAAGUUGAAGACAAGAACAAGCGUCACGUGACCUUCUCCAAGCGCAAAAGGGGUCUCUUCAACAAAACAGCAGAGCUCAGCGUUUUGACCGGUGCUGAGACGGCAGCAAUCGUUGUGUCAAACAGUGGCAAGGUGUUCUGCUUCGGAAGUCCCUCCCCUGACGCCGUCAUCGAACGCUACGUUGGUCACAAUGCUUCAUUAUCUGCAGGUCAACCAGAUAAUUAUCAUCCUCAAAUCAACAACACUCAUCGUUCUACUAAUUCUUCCAAUGUUAAUACGAGUAGUAGUAAGAAGCAAAUACAAGAUUAUGAGAAAGCUUCGAGACUCUUGAAGGAAGAGAAAAUAUUGAAGGGUGGGAAGAAAAGUAAUAGUAACAACAAUGAAGAAGAUGAAGGAGGUUGUUCUUAUGGGUGGUGGGAGAGACCGAUUGGAAUGAUGAGUAGUUUGGAGGAGUUAGAAGAGUACAGGGAAGCCUUGUACAAGUUAAAGCACAAUGUGGAGGUUCGAACCAAUCAGCUGAUUCGGGAAACUACUCCUUCCGAUCACUUCUCCUCUCUUUUGUCUAUGGAUGAAACAUGGAGUCCUCCAAAAUUAAGCCAGGGUCAAGGGUGCACAGGGUGCAUGGGACAUGAAUUUUAUUAUUUCUUGUGA